UGGGCUGGGGGAGACGCCUGGUGUGGGUGGGGUGAGGAGUUGGGAGGUUCUUGAGGGGCGGAGAUUGGGAGUUUUUACUUUGCCUCAGUGUCCCCAUAGGAGAGUCUCUCUCGCUUGACCCCGCCCGCGGCUAGGGUCUGGGAAAACCCUAGAGUCCUCUUGGAGUGAGUUCCCGGGGCCCAACUCCGCCUCUGUCUUGGGCCCGCCCCAUCAGAGCUCUCACUCCCUUCCUCCCACCACAGCCCCAGACCUGGGCUCACCCACACUCACCACAAGUACCCGAGAGGGAACCCGUGGACCUCGAGCUUGGCGGAGCGGCCGGGCCCCCACCUGUCCGUCUGUCGGAUCCAUCUGCCCUGGAAGGAGUGUGACCGGAGCUUGCAGCCAUGCCGGUGACUGUGACUCGGACCACGGUGACCACCACCACCACCACCACCUCCGGCCUGGGCUCCCCCACCAUAGUGGGCUCUCCGCGGGCACUGACAUCCAAGCUGGGCCUCCUGCGCCUGCUGCAGCUGGUGUCCACCUGCGUGGCCUUCUCCUUGGUGGUCCACGUCGGGGCCUGGGUCGGGGUCAUGGGCAACUGGGUGAUGUUCGCCUGGUGCUUCUGCUUUGCCAUGACGCUGGUGAUCCUGUUGGUGGAGAUGGCCGGCUUACAGCCCCGGUUCCCGCUCUCCUGGCGCAACUUCCCCAUCACCUACGCGUGCUACGCCACCCUGCUCUGCCUCUCGGCCUCCAUCAUCUACCCCACCACCUACGUGCAGUUCAUGAGCCACGGCCGGAGCCGGGACCACGCCAUCGCGGCCACUUUCUUCUCCUGCGUGGCCUGCCUGGCCUACGCCACCGAGGUAGCCUGGACCAGAGCCCGGCCCGGGGAGGUCACAGGCUACAUGGCCACCGUGCCCGGCCUCCUCAAGGUCCUGGAGACCUUUGUCGCCUGCAUCAUCUUCGCCUUCAUCAGCGACCCGCCCAUCUACCAGCGCCACUCGGCCCUGGAGUGGUGUCUGGCCGUCUACUGCAUCUGCUUCAUCCUGUCCGCGGUGGCCAUCAUCCUGAGCCUGGGGGACUGCACGGGCCAGCUGCCCAUCCCGUUCCCCACCUUCCUCACCGGCCUGGCCGUGCUGGCGGUGGCGCUCUACGCCUCGGCCCUGGUGCUCUGGCCCCUCUAUCAGUUCGAUGACCGCAGGGGGGGCCGGUCCCGGAGGCGGGAGGACGCGAGCUGCCCCUACCGCCACGCCUACUACGUGUGCGACUGGGAUCGCCGGCUGACGGUGGCCAUCCUCACGGCGGUCAACUUCCUGGCCUACGUGGCCGACCUGGUGCACUCGGCCUGGCUGGUUUUCAUCAGAGUGUGAGCCGGGCACCGGCCUCUCCACUUCAUUCUUCCCCUUACUGUCCCCCUUCCUGUCCCUGCCUGCGUUUCUCCCCACCGUCCCCCUCUGCUUCUCUCCCCAUCAUCCCCCUCUGCUCCUCUUCCCCCCUCCCUGCCUGCUCCUCUACCCAGCGCCCACAGCCUGCUUUUCUCUCCACUGUCCCCCCUCUGCUCCUCUCCCCACUGUCCCCCCCCUCACCUGUUCCUCUCCCCACCAUCUUCCUCUGCUCCUUUCCCCACCGCCCCCCCCCCACUUCUCUCCCCACUCCCUGCCUGCUCCUUUCCCCACCGUCCCCGUCCUCCUCUCCUCCCCCCUUCCUCUCCCCAUCAUCCCCCCCUCCUCCCCUCCUCCUCUCCUCUCCCCACCGCCCCCCUGCUCUUGGCCAGCUCUUCCCCCGUCUCUGCCCUUCUGCCUGCCCCACCCCCUUUUAAGGUGCUGAGCUUCUUCGCCCUGGCCCAUCCCAUCAGAAGCUCCCCGGGUUAGGGCCACACAUCACCCCUCCCCAUGGGCCACGGGUUCCUACUGCCAAAGCAUGUUGGUCCGCCCGCUCCCCUCCCCAGUCCUGUGUGCCUUAGCCCGCGUGAAUGUUGGAAGAGUGGAAAAGGCCGUGGCCUCCUUCUCCAUCCUCUUCCCGCUUGACUGGAGGCGCCGGGGGCAGCCUCUCUGUGCCAAAUGCGCCUUCCCUUCCACGUGGAAAUGUAUUCCUGGAGGUGUGUAGGAUUCUCAGGUGGGAGGGCCCAGAUCCCAGCCCUGCUCCACCUUGGGCUCCAUCAUCACGACACCUGCCGCAGCUCCUCCCUCCCCCGCAGAGUCCUCCUCCUCCCGGGGGGCAGCGGGGGGAGCUCCGGGCUCCCCAUCUGCCUCGGGCCGGUUUCCUUCAGACUGACGGGUCUGGAGGAGCAGAGAGAAGGGAGCAAAGGGUCUUUGCUUGCGCCCCCUGCUGUGUGUGUAUGGGUUCUGCCGCCCCUUCCGAGCACCCCACAGCGCUUUCUCUGGGGAUCCUCGGCUGUGUCGGAUGUGAUGCUGUUACACGCUGCCCCUCCUCCUCCCCACACAUCUGCAAUUAGUAUCUGCAAUUUUUUUUUUACCUCAACAUAAAGGCCACAUAUGAAA